CUGGCGCCGAGGAAGCCCGGUCCCCAGGCCAUGGGGGGUCAGCUGAGGCUGCCGCCCGGAGAGCCCUGCCAAGAAGGCUGGCCUCAAUUGUGAGCUGAACUGCCAAGGGCCUGAAUUUCACGAGAGUGCCACCACACGGGCUCACGUCUUGGGUUAUGAGAUGCCCACUGGAAGAACGCGGAGUCCUGGCUACUGGAAACAUUUGCAGUUGUUCUUUUUGAGCAAUGUUCUAGAACAUUUCUCAGUGUAAUUUUUUCUAGAAAUUCCUUAAAUAAUGUUACAUGCUGUCUCUGGUCUGUCCCAACUCUGCCCAGGCUUUCUGUGAGAUCACAAAUGUGUCACAGCUGCUGCCUUAUCCUGUCCUCUACACGGACCUGAACUCCACUCUAACCAACGUCAGCAUUUCAGCAAACGUAGAAAACAAAUACAGUCUGUACGCCGGCUUGGCACUGGCCAUCAGCUCUAGCAUUUUUAUCGGCUCAAGUUUCAUACUCAAGAAGAAGGGUCUCUUGCAACUGGCCAACAAGGGCAUUACUAGAGCAGGGCAAGGUGGACAUUCUUACCUCAAGGAAUGGGUGUGGUGGGCAGGACUGCUGUCCAUGGGAGCUGGAGAGGCAGCGAACUUUGCGGCUUAUGCCUUUGCACCUGCCACCUUGAUCACGCCCUUGGGGGCUCUGAGUGUUCUCGUGAGCGCAAUAUUGUCUUCCUAUUUUUUAAAUGAGCACUUGAACAUUCAUGGAAAAAUAGGCUGCAUAUUGAGCAUAUUGGGGUCAACUGUGAUGGUUAUCCAUGCCCCCCAAGAGGAAGAAGUCACUUCUUUGCACGAGAUGGAAAUAAAACUGAAGGAUCCAGGGUUCGUGUCCUUUGCUCUGAUCGUCUCUGUGAUCUCCUUGGUGCUGAUUGUGCUUGUGGCACCAAAGAAAGGACAGACAAAUAUCUUGGUCUACAUUGCAAUCUGCUCUUUGAUCGGAGCCUUUUCAGUUUCUUCUGCCAAGGGCUUGGGCAUCGCCGCCAAGGAGCUUUUAGAGUGGAAGCCUGUUUACAAGAAUCCCCUAGUCUUCAUCCUGUUGGCUGUGCUUAUCCUCUCAGUGGCGACACAGAUCAACUAUCUCAACAAAGCCCUGGACACUUUUAACACAUCUCUGGUGACUCCCAUUUAUUACGUGUUCUUCACAUCCAUGGUGGUGACGUGUUCUGCCAUCUUGUUCCAGGAGUGGUAUGGCAUGAAAGCCAGAGAUGUCAUUGGGACCCUGAGUGGAUUCUUCACCAUCAUCAAUGGCAUCUUCCUUCUACAUGCUUUUAAAAACACAGACAUCACCUGGAGUGAGCUCACAUCCACUGCUAAGAUGGAAGUCCUUUCUCCAAAUGGCCGUCAGAACAGCUAUGUUUUAUUAGAGAAUGCAGACUGUGCAGCCUCAGGCUAUGAUGAUGACGUCACCCUGUUUAGCAGGACUGAUGACCGAAAUCUCCAUAAACUUUGAACUUUGACCAAGAAACCUGGAGAGAAACAAUACUUACCUUUGGAAGGUCUGUUUGUAUGUUUGCAUAUUUAACACUGUACAAACACUCUAGAUGGGAGGACAAGGAAAAAGAAAGACUUUGUUCUCACCAUCAAAUUGGAAAAUCAAGUUUCAUCUUCUUCUAGAAGAUUCAUGUCUAUUAUGUUUUUGCAACCACUAAACAGUCCCUGCCCACAAACGUAGUCAAAGACUUAUAUUUUUCUCUGAAUAAUUCCCACUUUCACCUUAGUAAGGAAAUUAUGAACAGUUUCUG